AAAGUCCACUGUGCCAGUGAGAACCUGAAAAAUGCCAUGAAGUAUUUAACCGACUGCAAGAAACUACAUUACCUAGGUGUUCUGUGUCGUAUGGUGGCUCUGAUGACAGACAACAGAGGUGUACUCCUUCUGGGAGAUCAUUCAGAAGCAGAAUUUCUUACUGAAAGUUUCAUUGGAAUCUCAGCAGAUUGUGUGCAAGCUGGGAUGGAAAUGAAGUGUGUUGCCAGCUGUUCAGGGUAUAAGAAGUUCGUUGCAUGGUGUGUGUGGUGUGGAGAUAGUACCCCGCCAAAAGCAGCAGAAAUUUGUCAUUUGUUAGAGGCAACUUCAGAUGCCCUCAACACAUUGGCAGCAAAUGGAUUAUAUGGAAGCCAUGUAAUUGCACUUGCACCAAAUACUGCCUUACUUGCAAUAAAGAUAAGGAAGCAAGACAUACCAGUCCUCCUGACUGGUGACAUAACAAACCAACUGGGUGAUCUGAGUGUGGGAGACUUUCUUGAAGUUAAGGUGAGGAAAGUGCCGUUUGGAAAUCCACUGUCCAAAUGUUUUUACUGGGAAGCGUCUGAAGCAAAGAGAGGCCUUUCAUUUGCUGAAGAACUUAUGCAGCUAAAAGAGUUUUCUUAUAAAGGGUUCCUCCGAAAAUCUAUUUAUAAAGCAUCUAAAACAACAAGCAAAGUAAGGAAACAUAGUCAGAGUCAUAGUGCUUCAAGUCAUCUGCCCCAGGAUGUGGAUGAAAAAACAGUAAAUGCAUAUGAUUCAAAAAAUACUCCUAAAAUCAAAGACAAAAACUGUGAUUCUACAGGUAUUGUCCCAUCUAAGUCAUUAAAUGCAAUAGAAAAGGCUACUGAUAGUGAAAAGAAUACAGAAAAUAAAGAACAUUCUGAGCCCAAGAAUGAAUGUUCAGCAAAGGAAGAAUCUAGUUCAGAAGUAACUGGUUUUGUUGAAAGUGUCUGUUGUUGGUAUGCUAUGAUUUCCUUUGAAUUAUCUGGUAAAACUGAAAAAGCUCUUUGCUAUAAGAAUGCAUUAAUCACUAAUAGCAGUUUACCUCUUGCACAAUUGCUGACUGUUGGAAAAUGUGUCAAGCUAAAUAUUCAGUUAUUAAAUGCUCCAUUUCAAGGAGCCUGUUACCGGGCUGCAAAUGUUGAAUUGAUCGAAGAAGAGUCUGUUAUGAGUAAAACAGACUUGAAAAUUAACACCACAGUUACCAAGAGAGUAACCUUUGCUGAAGAAGAAAAUAUGUCAGUGCGAACAAGUGAAACACAAAUACUUGGUCGGACCUCCGGAACAAGAAACACGCUAGAGAACAAAGGGCAAAUCGCCAAAGUGAAACCGAUGAUACAUCAACAGUCAUCAUCAGUUUCAUUGAGUCAGUCAUUUACUUACCACAACAGAGCAUAUGCCCAGCCAAGAGAGUACACUCUAAUGACAAAUAGAGGGGGCCGUCAGUAUCUUACAACUACAAUUAAAAGCCAUGCUGCCAAAAUUAAGAGCUACAUAUCAGAAAAUGAAGCUGUGAUGGAGACUAACAUGUUUGGUGUGUUACUGGAUGUCAGGUUCACAAGAAACUUGUUUGAACUUCCCAGUUACAGCAGAUCAUUAAGUCUGCAAGAUUUUCUACGCAUAGGACAAGACGUAUAUUUUGAUGCCUGUGUAACACGACCCUUGGAGUCGGAUUCUCCCAGCCUUUUCACAGUUGUUGUUAAAGGAGUGUGGCAGGGUAGAAGACAACGAAGAUUUAAUUCCAGGCGGCUCAUACCGCUGCCUGUUAACAGUCCCCGACAAUUGCGUGAAGGCCCAGUUUACAGAACAACUGUUGUUGAAAUGCGACCGCCAUUCGCAUUUGUUGUUGAGGAAAUGUUCGGCCAUGAAAAGAUAUUUGUGUUCAAUCGUGCAUUUCGGCCUGAUGGUGAACAUGGAGAUAAUAUGUUAGCUAACCAAAAUAUCACACAAUAUGUACAACCUGGGGAUGAAGUACUAGUCACAGUUUAUCGUAAUUCUCCAGAAUUUCACUAUCAGAUUGAGUGGAGUGCUCGGGAUGCGUGGCCUGCUAGAACACGAUUUACAGCACAUCAUCAGAAAGGGAAGGUGGCAUUCAUUGAAGAGACAUGGGGAUUGUUAACUACUUCCUUUGAAGCUGUUAUGCUUCAGAAUGAGAACAUAUAUCGCCAGGGACAGCCCCUUGUGAUUAAUAACUUAAAGGAGUUCAUUAAAAAAGGGGAUAUUAUAUGUUUUAAAAUGAGUCCAGUGAAUCCAGGAAACAGGUACCCUGGGAAAACUACAGCUGUGUUUUUGGAGUGCCAGUGCUGAAUAAAUAUUUUAACUUAAAAUUUAAUUUCUUCUUUGCAACAAAAUGUCUUUUUGUAAAUGUGAACAAACUGGGUUGGUGUUGGAACUAAUUUGUUCUUAAAAGAUAAGUUAGUUAAUGUUACAAAAUAUUGAUUUAAAUCUCUACUUCAGGCUUUAUUUUUUAUGCUGUGGCUUAAUUUCCAUGUAAAUAAGUCAUGCAACGCGUAGGCAGGACAACCAUGUGGCAAAGUAGAUAACAUACAAUGAAUACAAAGCUACAUUUCCCUAACACUGUGGACAGGUAUAUGUAUUCACAAGGCAAUGUAAAAACACCAGAGAGACAUAUAUUCCAUUUGGCUACUAUGUAAUCCUACCUACACAUUUAUAUCCUGUAACACCUAUGUCAUGUGCAGUUUUUAUAGUGAGUAUGCUAUAUUGUAUUCCUAUCAAGUACGUGCAGGAUGCUUAUCAAGAUCAUAUCUUUACAUUACUUUCUGCUUGACACACAAUAAAAUUUUAAUAGGUUAUUUAAGAGGCUGCCUAGUUCAAAUACUCCACAUUACUGUAAAAGGGGUAAUUGGGAAUAACAUUUCAUAAAGAAGCAUAUACAGACAAAAUAUUCAGGAGAAGGUAACGUAUGCGACAACUUACCGAACAAAGAAAAAUUAUCAAAUGUAACACAUGUAAAGGCAAUGACAAAAAUCCAGACCUUCAUUGAUAUGUAAGCUCAUCACUUCAGAUUGCAUUUCUAUUGAAAACAUUAACCGUAGGGAGCAAUGCUGUACAGAACAGUUGGAUCACAGAAGGCAAAAGAAUUCUGUUCUAGAAGAAUGGGCUACUACAUAAAAUGUAUAAAUUGAAAAAGUCCAGACCUGAAUCAGACAUAAUUAUUAUUAAAAACAUACUAAAAAUAUUAAGGUAAAUAUUAUCACCAGGAUUAUGCAUACGUGUAGCGACACGGAGCAUUGGAGACAAACACCAAUGUCCAAAGGUGUCAUAGCUCACGAUCGGCAGCCUUCCGAGGCUAUUGGCAUCUCCCUGUAGAGCUGUAUCUCAUAUAGAGGGGUGAUCAGAAAUAACCCAGAAAACUUGUAUGGGUAUUGCAGGGUAGGUUGUUCUGAGAAAUAGUUGUUAAGAAAAAGUUUGAUGUAGUGUGCUAAUUGUGAUUUUGCAUAGAAUUUAGCCAAUCAGGUCAUCGCGUGCAUAAAUUCAAGCAGUCUGACACUAAUUGUAUCAGCUUAUGUUGUAGAUGAGGGGAACAGAAAGAGUGAGUCAAGAAAUGAGCACAUUUUACUGUUAACUUGCAUUAGUUCUUGCUUUC